AUGUCCGAGGCCUCGUAUUUGUGCGUUGGAUCUGUGAGGACUGCAGGAAUCCAUCCAAAGCUGUCAGUGUCAGGAUGCCACAACCGUGCUUCUUCCACAACGAUGCCCGGAGUUAUGGCAUGCAGGAGAAACCCCCACAACGCCAGCGACACACUGAUACUCUCCACGGGCAGCCAUGGCACCCUCACAACGCCCUCUUACGUCACUGCUGACGUCACACACACAUACAGCCCCUGGAGGAACGGAAGCACAGACGACAACAACAACAACAGCAGCAACAUCACCACCACCACCAACAACAGCUUCAUCAUCACAGGCAGCUGUGACCUCCUCCCCCGCUGUGAGUCCACCGCCUACCUCCCCGCCGCCUCCACUAUCGUCUCGACCUUUGACCUCAAGUGUGAGCGCUCCUCGCUCAUCUCCCACAUCACCUCCAUACAGAUGAUGGGCGUGGCCCUGGGCUCCUACCUGAGCGGAGAGGUGGGGGACAGGUGGGGGCGGAAGGCUGUCAUGUACCUCAACCUGUCGCUCAGCGCUCUCGCCAACGGCUUGGCUGCCUUCGCACCCUCCUGGAAGAUUUACGCUGCCCUCAGGUUCCUGAUCGGUGUGAGCGGGGGUGGGUGCGUGGCGCUGUCCCUCUACUACCCGCUCGAGUUUGUCACCGCCAGGUGGCGUGUGGCUGUGGCGGGAAUCCCGUCAUGGGACCUGGGGCUGGUUAUCUACGGUCUGCUCAUGCUGGCCUUCAAAGACUGGGUCCUGAUCCACGUGAGCACAGCCGUCCUUUCCGUCCUCCUACUGGUCGUUGUCUUCUGGAUGCCUGAGAGCAUGAGGUGGCUAGUGGUCAACUACAGACGGGACAAAGCUGAGGCCGUGGCCAGGAGGAUGUGCCGCUACAACAACAGACACCUGCCCAACGCCCAACCCGGACAGAUCUUCCCGACCAAAGUCCUCGCAGACCAGGAGGAGACUGAGCAGCAGACGAGACCACCCAGCGUCCUCCAGUUGUUCAGCCGACCCCUGGUCCUCAUCACAACGCUCAGCUUCUUCAUCUACUUCAGUAUGUCGGUCAUGUACAUGGCCAUAGCCUUCAGCAUCAGCGCCCUCUUCGGAAACUUCUACCUCAACUUCAUCAUCUUCGCCCUUCUCUCUAUCCCCGCCUCGGUGCUGGUCCCUCUACUGGGCCAGAAGAUGGGGAGGAAGAAAGGCGUGAUCUUCCUCCUGGCGGUCAGCGCAGUGGUCGGCCUGGCUAUCGUGGCCAUCUUCUUCGCGGGCUCGGGCAGUGGUCAGAAGACGAGUAUGACCAUCCUGGCGCUGUGUAUCUCGGCACUAGUGGACCAGGCGUGGACUCUAGAGACUGCACACUCCGUGGAGCUGUACCCGACCGCCGUGCGAGCUCUAGGGUUAGGGUUCGUGUCCCUGGGUGCCCGGCUGGGCGGUAUAGCGGCCCCGUACGUUGUCCCGCGUGAGCCUGACUCGCUGUACGUGAGUUAUCUCAUCAUGGCGGGCCUGGCGGUGAGCAGCUGCUGUAUGCUCCUGGCGCUGCCGGAGACCAGGGACCGCGCGCUGCCAGACGACAUCCUACAGGUGGAGCCUCCAGUGGACGGUCACGUGAUCGAUGACGUCACUGGGGUGAUUGGUGUCGGGGGGACAGACGGUGUGGGCGAGGGGGAGAGGGGGGAGAAGAAGGGUGGGGAGAAGGGAGAGAAGAGGGAGAAGGGGGAAAAUUGUGGGGAAAAGUAUAGGGAGACAGUCGGGGAGUCGGAAAUCGGGACACUGCUGGGAUCAGAGGUGAGCGUGAGGGCAACGGUGGACAAUUCUCGUCUGUCUCUCCGGGACGUGGUGUGACUGUGGGACGUGGUGUGACUGUGGGACGUGGUGUGACUGUAGACUGUCCGGUGGAGGGACGUGGUGUGACUGUCUCUAUCCCGUGGAGGGGCGUGGUGUGACUGUGGGACGUGGUGUGACUGUCUCUAUCCCGUAGAGGGGCGUGGUGUGACUGUGGGACGUGGUGUGACUGUCUCUGUCCCGUUGAGGGAUGUGGUGUGACUGUGGGACGUGGUGUGACUGUCUCUGUCCCGUGGAGGGGCGUGGUGUGACUCUCUAUCCCGUGGAGGGACGUCUGUUUUAGUUUUUGUAACAUUUUACGGCGCUCACAGUUGCAUAAGGUCAUAUGAACGCC